AUGGCUGUCAAAACCCUAUUGUUGAGCCUCAUGGCCACCAGUGCCAUGACCUUGACCCACCCGGGAGGGUUGUACCGACGAGAUCUUGACGAUGCAUCAGUCGAGUACCUUCAGAAUAUGUGUCUGCCAAAUCUUGGGGCCUACAUGGACAACAAUGGCCCCCUCGGGUUGAUAUUCCAGUCCCUCCACGACUCUCCAGCGCCUUGCGAGCAACAAGCAUACAUUCUGAACAUCUGUGUUGCCAACGACACCACAGCAAUCGACUAUCUCGCUGAGCAACAAUGCGUCUGCGGUUCUAACUUCAGGGAAGCGAACGAAGGAUGUAACGCGUGCUAUGCUGCUCACGGCUACACCUCGGAUGUCGCCGGGGAAGCGAUGCUAUCGGCUAUUUGGACAGCUGAAUGCAGUGCCCGUCCUACUCAGAGAUUUUGGGAUCUCAUCGCUGGUUUCGCAGAAACUGCAACUACAGCCUCAGAAGACCGAAGAACAACCACUCUGGAGAACGACCGAUUUCCGAGCCAAACGGCUGUCAGCAACUAUUGGACAGGCCUUCCCAGUGCAAGCCUGGGGAGCAUCACCGGAAGCGCAACGGCGAGAGCGACAACUUACCCUGCCGACGACGACGACGACGAGUAUGGUCGGGACGACUUCCCGUCACGCACAUCUACCAGUCGGCGGGCGAAUUUCUCGUAUAAUCCUACUGCAACGGGCACAACUGUUCUUUAUUCGUCCGAGUCCUCGACCUUGGACAAAUCUUCUCAACCAACGGCUUCAACUCCAAUUACGAGUGCGCCUGUAACCGCAAUCUCUCAGCCGCCAACUACCUCUACUUCAUCUGUUGCGGCCAAUGGAGGUGGGAUGGAGAUGGGUUUGGCGUGGAAUAGUGGGGUAGUUUUGGUGGUUGUCAAUGUUGCUGUUGUUGCCCUAAUGUAA